CAUUCGAGCACAAGAUUGUGAGCAGAUGAGAACGUGUAACAAAAUAGUUCACCAACUCUUCCUCUCUGUCGCCUUCAAAAAACGAUGAAAACACACUUCGCCUCCCAUCCUCCCUAUAAACACAGCACAAGUCAAUCAACAGCACAAACAAGAGGCAGCACAAAGAGAAAGGAAAAAGAAGAAUCCAAGGAAAAAAAAAUGGAGAGGGAAGAUGCCAAUGCAAACGCGGCCGACGGCGACAAGCCGGUGGUCUGCGUUCUCGAUGCGUCGACUUACGUGGGGUUUUGGAUUCUCCAAGGCUUGCUGAGCAAAGGGUACAACGUUCAUGCUGCAAUUCAGAAGAAUGGAGAGAGAGAGAUAGUGGAGAAGAUCAGGGACAUGGAGGUGAUCGAAGACAGACUGGUGGUCUACAGUGUGGAAGUCUUGGAUUACAGAAGCAUUCUGGAUGCUCUCAAGGGGUGCGCUGCUGUGUUCUGCUGCUUGGACAGCUCGGAUGGCUACAGCGACGAGAAGAAUGCGGAUUUGGAGGUGAGAGGAGCGAUCAACGUGGUGGAGGCGUGCGCGCAGACCGAGAGCAUCGACAAGAUUGUGUUCAGCUCUUCUCUUACGGCUGCGAUAUGGAAGGACAACAUCUCGUCCCAGGAAGACGUGGACGAGAGGUCCUGGAGCGACCCGGAAUUCUGCAGGAAACUGAAGCUGUGGCAUGCGCUAUCGAAGACGCUAUCGGAGCAGGCGGCGUGGGCGCUGGCCAUGGACCGCAUGCUCAACAUGGUCUCCGUCAACAGCGGGCUCGUUCUCGGCCCCUCCGUGGCCCAACAAAACCCCAAAUCCACACUGGCUUAUCUUAAAGGGGCUGCACAGAUGUAUGAAAGCGGCGUCCUUGCAUCCGUCGACACUAAUUUUCUGGCCGACGUUCACAUCCGGGCGCUCGAGGACCCCUCGACGAGGGGCCGAUACUUCUGCUUCAACCAGGUAGUCAACACCGAAGAAGCAACCGCGAAGGUCGCGCAGCGGCUCAGCCCUCUCAUAUCCCUGCCUCCAAGGUACGAACAAGGCAGCGAGGCGUUCACCGAGAGGCUGAGGACCAAGAAGUUGGACAAACUAGUUGAAGGAACUGCCUAUUGAAGGAUGAUGCAUCUCCCCUUUCCCCAUUUUGUUUUUCUGGUCUUCUGCCUUAUCUGUCAAGUACAUGUAUUUAUGGUCCAUUUUUAGUUGCGUUUGGGUUCAUUUUCAUGGUU